AUGGCCACCCCGCGAGCAGGCCUGCGCUUCUUCGCGCAAGCCCGCCAGACCUUCGCGCGCACCUUCAAGCGACAUCAAACCACGGCCGGGGUCAACGCAGCCGCCAUCGAUGGAGCAGCAGCGCCAAAACCCAGCUUUUGGAACAGCGAAAUCGGACCCAAAACCGUGCACUUUUGGGCGCCGGUGAUGAAGUGGGGUGUUGUGGCUGCUGGUGCGAGCGAUUUCUUGCGCCCGGCGGAGAAGUUGAGCUUGACGCAGAAUAUGGCUCUUCUUGCGACUGGCUCGAUCUGGACAAGAUGGUGUUUCGUUAUUCGGCCCAAGAACAUGCUUCUCGCUGGCGUGAACUUCUGCCUCUUCCUCGUGGGCCUCGUACAGACAUCCCGAAUUUUCUUGUACCGGAAGGAGGUAGAGGGCUCGACUGGCGCGGCGUUCUCGUCUAUGUGGGCUACGAUCAAGGGAGAUGGAAAGAAGGUUGAGGCGAAGGCUAAGGAGGAGGCUAAGGAGGUUGAGUCGAAAGUCGGCGCUUAG